AUGCAUGGAUAUACGUUUCCAGAUUGGGUCCUUGCCUUAGGAGAUGGAAGACUUAGAGCAAGAUCGUUCAGAGAAGAUGGGCCACCAGAUUGGAUACAAAUUUCACCACUGUUCCUAAUUGAUCCCGGGGAUGACUCUGUCCAGUCAAUCGCAGAUGAUAUAUAUGAUUCGUUUCCCGACAGUCACAGGGAUCCAGCAUACCUAACCAGCAGAGUAAUAGUGACGACAACGAAUGCGACAGUUUCUCGAAUCAACGACUAUAUGCUGCAAAGGGUACCAGGCAAUUUUAAAACAUAUUAUAGUUCAGAUUCAUUGCAGUUAUCAACAGAAACAGCGGAUUCGUUUGACGAAAGCUAUCCAACAGAGUUCAUCAACACUCUCACAUUCAAUGGAGUUCCAGAACACGAGCUUACAUUAAAGGUAUGCACACCAGUUAUGCUCUUGCGCAACUUAAAUCCUGCCCUUGGUUUAUGCAACGGCACAAGGAUCAUGAUCACAACAUUAGGGGACAAUUUUAUAAAAGGCAACAUCAUGGGCGGUUCCUACGACACUGACGAAGUCAUUAUACCAAGAAUAGUACUCAAUGUAGAGAACUCCAAGUGGCCCUUCAUACUCAGGAGAAGGCAGUUCCCGGUACGCUUAUGUUACGCGAUGACUAUAAACAAAAGUCAAGGACAAAUGCUUGAAAAAGUUGGGAUUUAUUUGCCUGAACCCGUAUUUAGCCACGGCCAGCUGUAUGUGGGAGUUUCAAGAGUAAAAUCAGCGAGAGGUUUGAGGAUUCUUAUACAAAACCCAGCAGAAAUACCCUACGAUUUUACAAGGAACAUAGUCUUCACCGAGGCCUUUGCCGAUAUUAUGAACACCUAA